AUGUUGUCACAAUUUGAUCAGAGUAAGAAAAGGAAGAAGAUGGAAUUAUCAUCAUCAACAUCUUCUUCACCGUUGCAUUUCUUCAAGAUAAUCCUUAAUCAUACCAUUGAAAACAAACGUCUGGAAAUCCCAAAAGAAUUCCUUAAGAAGUUUGGAAAUGAACUGUCUGACUGUGCAACCAUCAAGGUACCUAGUGGUUCAAUGUGGGAUAUAAGAUUGGCGAAAAGACGAGGUGCGAUUUCGUUUGAGAAAGGUUGGAAGGAGUUCAUGGAGUUCUACUCUAUUUCUGUUGGACAUUUUUUGGUUUUCAGAUACGAGGGGAAAUCAAAAUUUCAUGUUCUUAUAUUCAAUACGACUGCUACUGAGAUUGAAUAUCCAAUAAUCCACAACUUUGAAGAUAAAGAUCAAGUGAUGAAUCUCGAUUCUUGUACUAGUGAUAGCAGCAAUGGAACUUCUAACCAAACAGAGUCUUUAUCAAGUAGAGGUGGUCAUGUCAGUCUGAAAACUGAACCAGCUGAUGAACAUGAUAUUCCUAAACAAAGAAUAUUUUUUGCAAAUACUAUUACUACUAGAAGAUCAAAUAGUUCACCGGUAACACAAUCAAAGGCACUUGCAGCAGCCAAGGAGUUUAAGUCUGAGAAGCCGUUCUUCAUUGCCAUUAUGCCCGCAUCUUGUGUGAAAAACGGACAUGUGAAUGUACCUGCGGCUUUUAAGCAUCCAUGUUUUCACCAGAAAACUACAUUUGUCAAUCUAAGGGUUGUGGGUAGGAAGUCUUGGGAUGUCAAGUUAAUAUUUUCGAAGAAACAUCAGAGAAGUAUUCUAUCUAAGGGUUGGAUGAAGUUUUUUUCAGAUAAUCAAUUGAAACCAGGGGAUGUCUGUGCGUUCGGGCUUGUUGAUGAAAAAAAAAUUGUGAUGAAUGUUCACACUUUCCGGGCCUCCCAAGAAGCAUAUAGUGGUGAAAAUUUGGAGAGGGAUGCUCCACAGGCAGCCAGAUCAAAAGAAACAUCACUUGCAGCAGCUAAGGCGUUUAAGUCUAAGAAGCCGUUCUUCAAGAAUGUACCUGCAGCUUUCGCGGUUCCAUAUUUGAAGCAUGAAAUUAAGGAAAUCCCAAAAGAAUUUCUUAAGAAGUUUGGACAUGAACUGUCUGACAUUGCAACCAUCGAGGUUCCUAGUGGUUCAAUGUGGGAUGUAAGAUUGGCGAAAAGACGAGGUGCGAUUUCGUUUGAGAAAGGUUGGACGGAGUUCAUGGAGUUCUACUCUAUUUCUGUUGGACAUUUUUUGGUUUUCAGAUAUGAGGGGGAUUCAAAAUUUCAUGUUCUUAUAUUCAACACGACUGCUACUGAGAUUGAAUAUCCAAUAAUACAUAACUUCCGAAGCAACUAUAGUGAUAAAGCUCAACUGAUUGACAUUGAUUCUUCUAGUACUCAUAGCGACAGUCAAGCUUCUACCGAAAAUGAGUCUUCGUCCAGUAGAGACGUUGAUGAACAUGAUUUUCCGAAACAACGAAAAGUGUUUGCUACUACUAAAAGAUCACGUUCUGAUACUUCACGGAUAACAAAAUCAAAAGAAAGAGCACAAAGGGCAGCCGAGGCAUUCAGGUCGGAGGAACCGUUCUUCAAGGCCAUUAUGCACGCUUCUUGUGUAAAGAGCGGAGGAAAUAUGCAUGUGCCAUCGGAUUUUGCAAUUCCAUAUUUGCAACACAAAACUACACGGGUUACUCUAAGGGUUUCGGGCGGGAAAUCAUGGGAUGUUGGGGUAGUUUUUACAGUGAAAUGUAAGAAAACAACUCUAUCUAAAGGAUGGAGUAUGUUUGCUUCAGAUAAUCGUUUGCACAUGGGGGACGUCUGUGUAUUUGAGCUGGUGGAUAGGAAAUUUUUUGAAAUGAAUGUUUACAUUUUCCGAGUCUUCAAAACCAACUUCAAAGAUAAAGCUCAAGUGGUCGCCAUUGAUUCUUGUAGUACUGAAAGUGAAAAUGAAAGUACUUCUACCCAAAGUGAGUCUUCAUCGAGUAGAGACGGUCAAAGCAAUCUGGAAACUGAACCAAAUAAUCAGUUGAAACUAGGGGAUGUCUGUGUGUUCGAGCCUGUUGAUGGAAAAAAUAUUGUGAUGAAUGUUCACAUUUUCCGGGCCUCCCAAGAAGCAUAUAGCGGUGAAAAAUUGGAGACGAAUGCUCCACGCACAGCCAGAUCAAAAGAAAAAUCACUUGCAUCAGCCAAGUCGUUUAAAGCUAAGAAGCCGUCCUUCAAGGCUACUAUGUGUCGCUCAUAUUUAGAACAUGGAUUUGUGCAUGUACCUGCAGCUUUUGCAACCCAGUAUUUGAAACAUGCAGUUAUGAAGGUCACUAUAAGGGUUUCGGAUGGGAGAACGUGGAAAAUUCAGUGUAUUACUAAUGGAGAUAACGGUAAACGUGCAAAGCUAUCCAAGGGUUGGGCAAAAUUCGUUUCAGACAAUCACUUGAAUAAAGGUGAUAUUUGUGUUUUCAAGUUAGUUAAUGAGGAAACAUUCGAGCUGAAAGCUUCCAUCGUUCGAGUCUCUCAGAAUGGGGAAUAG